AACGUCACUUCCGCUUACAUUUAGGCAGAACAACAAGACUGCAUAGCUUAAUACUCAAAUAUUUUUAAACAGCUCUAACAAGAAAUUUAGAUAUUAAAUAUAUUUGGCAUUCGCUGUCAGUCUACUCUCUAAAAUCAAGUCAUCGCCGAUACCCGUGCGUUGUUGCAAUAAUAGCUGCUGCGAUGAAGGGAACCAACACAGAAUCGGACACACUGGAAGAUGUAACUUCAGAAACAGACAACAUAAACAAUGAAGAGGUGCCACCUUAUCUGAGGGAAGAGCCACCAGAAGAUUCUGACAAAGAUCACCCAAAAGCAGAGUCUGGAGUGAUCUGGAGAGUAACGGGAGGCCUCUUCAAUAUGACAAGGGGAGCUGUCGGAGCCACUCUAGGUGGGGUUGCCUGGGUUGGCAUCAAAAGCUAUGAGCUCACCAAGACAGCAGUGACGAGCAUGCCUGCAGCAGGCGUCGGUUUGGUGAAAGGAAGCGUCUCCGUGGUAACUGGAGGAGUUGGGGCUGUGGGCUCAGCUGUCGCCAGCAAAGUUCCCUUCACAACAAAGAAGAAGGACAAGUCUGAUUAAAUCAUGUAUGCUGUAAUCUGUGUUUCUUUAUUUUUGGUUAUAUUUGGGAUACACCUGAGUACAGAUAACAGAGACUGUACCAGGGUAGGUACUGACUGAGAAAGUGACCAACAGGAUGUAUUAGCUUUCUUUUAACACAGUACACCCCUGCAGUGCUCUUGGCAUUUCACUAUAAAAAACGAGAUCUCCUUUCUUGCUUAAUACUUGUAAAAAUGUCCAGAUGGAAAGAAAAAUAAAAUAAAAACGUGUUUGAAACUUUCUGUAUGAAUCUAGCAUGCAAAUGGACCGACACAGUGCACACGAUUUGCUAAGUCACUGUUUACAGAUAAUUAUUUUGCUAAAGCUGGAUGCUGAUGCAGGCAGCAGGGGGACAAAAAAAGCUUAGAUAUUUUAAAAUGUUGGAAAUGCUGACCAAAUUGAAACAUAAAACCCCUGGGCUAGACACAGCUCUCUGAUCUGCAGUACAGCCAGGCUUGCUAGUGAAGUGAAACUUGUGGAAAUGCUAUGCACAAUGUCCUUGUACUAGGGACUGAGCUACAGUCCUUGAGACUUGCAUUUCGAAAAAAAAAACCUCCCAUGUUCACAAGGCUUUAUAAUGAACACCUUUAUGAAUAUGUCAGUUUAGAAGUGCCUGCUGAUCUUAGAAUGCAUCCCUUUUAUGGCCGAGCAUCCUGGAACAUAUGUUUUAUACAUAGCUCUAGACACCUUGCUUUGUCAUGUAAUGCAUCUUCAUGUAACUACUAAUGUAUUUUUAAUGCUGUGCCUCAUUCCAGUAAAAGUGGACCAGCCACAGCAUUCAACAUACUGUAUACAAUCUUAGUAAACUUACUUGUAAUAUUGACCAGCAUAUUCAUAUUCAUGUAGUCAAUUAGAACAUUUAAAUGUUUUCAUAGUACCAGAGAUCUGUUUUUUUGUUUCACUUAUUUAAGCAUCGCAGGGGUGAACAUAGCCACACGUAAUAAUUAAGUGUGGGUAAAGAAUCAAGUUUUGAGGGUAUGGAAAAAUAUUCAUGUUAUUCCGUAACCUUGCGUACACUGUUUUUGCAUAUAUGCAUUUUAAUGUGCCUAUGUCGUUUAGCUAAAUGGUGAAAUGUGCUACAUUUCCCUUGGGGUUAAUUAAAUAAAAUGGUUUGACAUUCGGGAGAAUUAAUACGAUUCCAAUCGAAGAAGUGGGUAUUCACGAGUGUUAGUGAUAUAAAGAAAUACAGUAUGUAUUUACUGAAGCUGAGGAGAUUAUUAGGAGAGCUUUUCUUCUACAACAUGGUCUUUUCUCAGUCCUGUUAAAAUACGACAAAAAGGACAAUGUAAUGUUGGUGUAUUUUUGUUGUUUUGUUUUCAUUCCUGAUCCAAUUACUUUAUCUACUUCUAAGUCACUGUGAUUUUUGUUCAUUAGAUAGUAAUAUUUGCAAUGGAAAUCACUGGUUCAGCAUGUUAGUAAUGUACAUUAAAACAUUGCAUGCUUCUGAGACUGUAGCUACGUAUAUACACAUAUAUAUUCUAUAUAUGGUUUUCUUCCAGGAUUUUGUGUCUUUUCCUGUUCUACACAUAAAGGCGACGUAAGAAAUAUUGUAAUGGCAACUCUAGUACUGUAAAUCAAACUAAAAGAGCAUUUAGAUUUUGUCAAUUAUAGAACUAUUUUUGCAAACCUGAUGCUGUAUUCUAUUAAAUAAACUUUGUCUGUAUUUUAA